GAUGCUCCUCCCGCGGCUGCCGGUUCUGUCCGCCCUGCUCGUCCUGCUGCUGGCUGCGGGUCGCUGCACCGCUGCUGCGCUGCUCAGAGGCACCGGCAGCCGGCCGGAAGGUCCGGAGGAAGGCCGGAGAGCGCUGGAGCCGGUCGGGCGAUCUGAGAGGGCCGCGGCACUGCUGGAAGGAGCCAAAGCCCCGGAGAGAGGAGGCCGGUCUCACUACGGACUGGAAGGUCACCUCAGAGAUCUGCAGCACAAGGAGAAGUUCAUCAUCCACCUGACAGGUCCGCUGUCCUUCGACCCAAAGUGCAGGAGGCAGUUCCACAGGUUGUACUACAACACCAGGGACUGUAGAGUUCCUGCCUAUUUUAAAAGAUGUGCUCGUCUGCUGACUCAACUGGCCAGGAGCCCUCGCUGUACAGAGAGAUAAACACCUACAAUGGUACGACUCUGCUGAGACAUCCAUCUACACAAAGCUAAAUAUACGUCCUGAACACUGAAAACCAGACGCAACACAGGUUUACAGUGGAGGCGGCUGAACUACAACUGGACGGGAGGAGUUAGACACAAAAAGAGACACAAAAUGACAACAAAGAGACACAAAUCAACCACAAAGAGACACAAAACGACAACAAAGAGACACAAAACGACAACAAAGAGGCACAAAACAACAACAAGGAGACACAAACCACCACCUGAUUCUUCAUUCUCUCCUUUACAGACGCUGGACAGGAAGUGUUGCCGUGACAAUGAGGAAGAGGAGGCGGGGCUUACCGACGAGGUUCAUCACUGUAGAAGUUCUCCAGCCAAUAGAAACUCAGUGCUGCAGCCAAUGGACUCUGCCGACUGCACUGUUUGCUGUUCUGCUGUUCUGUCAGACGACCAAUCAGCUCGCACCUCUGGACCGAACGGAUUCGUUUUGUUUCUGGAAUUAGAUUUGGACGGAAUCUGGACCACCGAUCCGGUGCUGGACCUGGUUCUCCUGGGUUCUAACAGAGCGCAAACUGAUGGCUGUUUUGGUUUCCUGGACCAUGAAGUGCUUCUGUAGAGGAACCGAGGACCAAAGCUUCAUAACCGCUUAUUAAAAACUGAUGUUUCCAACAAUAUUCUGUGUAUUUAUUCUGUUGAUGCUGAAACGCAGCGAGGAAUAAAGGCAAAUGUUUCAUAGAUA